AGCCAUAGCCAAUAAAACACAUAUGUGCAGACUGCAGAGACAGAGGAAGAUAGAGAGAGAAGAAACAGCCAUGUUUUGAGGAAGAAGACAUGCAUCAUCAUCAUCAUCUGAAACUUGUUACUUAACUUCUCAAUCUCUCCAUCUUUUACCAAAUCCAAACACCAAAGCUUAUCAAGAAGACAAUGCAAGUGUUCCAAAGGAAAGAUUCAAUGCCAACAAACAUUCAAGGAUCUCAAUCUUUCAGCUUGACAAGGGACAUGAUGAUGAUGUCUACACAAUCAGGUUUGCAGCUGCAAGAUCAAGAUUCUUCCUCAACGCAAUCUACUGGAGAAUCAGGCGGUGGCUGUGAAGUUGCUAGCUUUGUAGAAUGUUACAUGGAGAACCAGGGAAAGGGUAUUGAAAGUUAUACAACCACCUCGUCGAUGGUCUCACAAGAUUCUGUGUUUCCUCCUGCUUCUGGUCUAGCAUCUUGGCCUCCUCAAUGUCCUGAAACACCACAUUUCAGUAGUUUCUUGGCUCCUGAAUAUGCAUCUCAACCAAAGGCGCUGUCGCGUUUAGAAAUGAUGGGUUUGGCUUCUUCAAGGGUGCCAUUGCCUCAUAACAUUCAAGAGAACGAACCAAUAUUCGUCAAUGCUAAACAGUACCACGCCAUUCUACGUCGUAGGAAGCAUCGUGCUAAGCUUGAAGCUCGGAAUAAACUCAUCAAGAGCCGUAAACCUUACCUUCAUGAGUCUCGCCAUCUUCAUGCUUUGAAGAGAGCUAGAGGCUCCAGUGGGCGUUUCCUCAAUACAAAGAAGCUUCAAGAUUCAUCAAACACACCGUUCAGAUUCUCAGGGUACCCAUCAACACACCAUGUAUCAGCUCUCAUGUCAGGGACUUGAGACAUCUGAGAAGAAGGGAAGUCAUCCUUGGCUAUAAAAUUGUUAUUGCAAAACUCUGUUUACAUCAUCUGCAAUCUCACUCUAAAUUGAAGAACUUUGUCAAACUAUUUUGUUAUUUUCAACAUUUUCUGAUU